AGGCUAAUCGUCAUUUCUCCGACAUGUGCCCCGCAAGUGGGAUGGAUGGAUAAAGUUUCAUGUCCUUUUCACGAUCGUGAGGUUUUGACGUUUGGAUCUACAGAAAUUACGACACGAAAGAAUCUUGGAAGAUAGGAGAGAAGGGAAAUUGAGGAAUGGAAAGAAUGGGUAGAAUACCGACGUUUUUAUUGAAGACGAAGAGUGUGCCGAAUGAUGGGUACGAGGAGAGGUUUGAGGAAGUGACCUUUAAUGCGAUGAGGUAUGGGGGAGGGGUGGAGGGGAGUGAAAGGGGGUUUGACCCGAUUUUUGUGCCGGUAUUGGAACAUAGGUUUGUGGAUGAAGGAGUGGAUGAGGUUAAGAGGUUACUUAAGGAGAGGAGCAUUGGGAAUGAAGAGGGAAAGAAAUACGGAGGCUUGAUUUUCACAAGUCAGAGGGCUGUGGAAUUAUUUGCUAAGCUGGUGGAGGAGGGGAAGAAUGAAGGUGAGACCGAUGGAUGGCCACAUCUACAAAAUAUACCAGUCUAUACCGUCGGCCCAGCUACUUCACGAGCAUUACGAUCGACACCUCAAACCCCCGCCUUGAAUAUAUUUGGAGCCGAAUCAGGAAAUGGAGAAGCGUUAGCACAUUACAUGCUAGAACAUUAUGGGAAUUGGUAUAAGGAUCGCUCAACAAAACCAUCUCUACUUUUCAUGGUUGGAGAGCAAAGGAGAGAUAUCAUUCCUAAAACAUUGAUGGAUCCAGAAUUAUCAGCCGAGAAGCGAAUUCAAGUCGACGAAAUUGUGGUUUAUGGUACGGGAGUAAUGGAAUCUUUUGAGGAAGAUUUCAAAGCUUUAUUGAAGGAGACGGAGAAUAGGGAUACGAGAUGGGUAGUUGUUUUUUCACCGACAGGAUGCGAUGCUAUGUUACGAUCACUCGGGAUGUUAGAUUCCCAAACUGGGAAGAUAGAACGAGCGGAUGAACAGGAGGAUGGGAAGAGAAAGACCUUCAUAGCGACGAUUGGACCCACCACGAGGGAUUAUCUUAAGAAUACUUUUGAUUAUGAACCGGAUGUUUGUGCUGAGAAGCCAAGUCCUGAAGGUGUUAUUGAGGGGAUUAAGAGAUUCUUGGAUAACAGGUAGUUAUAGAUAUCUCGUUAAUGAUUGAAAGAUUCUUGACAUAUGAUCUGCUUGUUUGGGUUUCAAGUGCAGAUUUGUAUGUAAUUUGUGAUAUGGUGAUACAGCAUAUUGAAUUGAUGCAAUGUACGAUUAGAUGGGAAUCCAUUCCGAAGGUUGUCAUACAUUAAAUCAUCCGAUCGUUCAUUUUGAUAACGUACAAAAACGGCUAUGAAUGUCGUUGAACCGUCGACUUGGGAUUUUGUAUAU